AUGUCGUUCAAACCAGUGUCCAACAUCAAGUUUUUUAACGUGACGAGCCCGGCACCAUUCGUGGUACACGUGGAAAUCAACAGACCUGAAAAACUCAAUGCCUUCUAUGAGCCCAUGUGGGUGGAGCUCAAAAGGAUCUUCGAGCAGCUAUCUACAGAUCCAGAGGUCCGGUGCAUUCUGAUAUCAGGUGCAGGAGAUCGAGCAUUUACCGCAGGGCUUGACGUACAAGAAGCGGCAAAGUCUGGAAGUCCACUCAGCGCCGAUGGCGGUGAUGGGAAGAGCGAUCCCUCACGGCAAGCAACCAACAUAAGACGACAUGUCUUCGAGCUGCAAGACGUUAUCUCGGCAGUGGCGCGUUGUGAGAAACCGACGAUUGCACUUCUGCACGGCUACACGUAUGGCUUGGGGAUUGAUCUGUCGUCGGCCUGCGAUAUUCGCUUCGCCGAGAGCAGCACCAACUUCUCCGUCAAGGAGGUCGAUAUUGGCAUCGCUGCUGAUGUUGGCACAUUGAGCCGCCUUCCUAAAGUGGUCGGUGGAAUUACCAGCUGGGUCAAGGAGGUCACGCUUUCGGCACGACCAUUUUCCGCCGAAGAGGCCCUGCGACACGGGUUUGUGAGUCGAGUGGUCAAGGGCAAAGCCAAUUUGAUCAACGAGGGACUCGACUUUGCCAAAUACCUGGCGAGCAAAAGCCCUGUGGCUGUGCAAGGAACCAAGAAUAUCCUGGAUGCGGCGUGGGGAAGGACUGUGGAGGACAAUCUCAACUACACGGCAGUAUGGAAUGCGGCCAUGGUGCAGAGCUCGGACGUGACGCGAGCAAUCCUGAGUGGAUUGCAGAAGCGCACACCAACAUUUGAGAAGUUGUGA